AGCGCUCCAUCUUUUAUCCUCCAAUCUCCAUCUUUUAUUUGAAACAGCGUUAUCAGGUCCUUUGGUUUCCAGAGAGCAGAGAACAGAGAUAACAUAAAACAGCGCUCCAUCUUUUAUCCUCCAAUCUCUACUCUCUUUUCUGCUAAAAUGGCUAAAUUGGCUUCACACCAUCUAAUUCCAGCUCUAGGGUUUCCUCUGAGGAGAUCAUCCUUUUGUACCCAAUGGAGAAAUCCCAAAGGAGAAAGUAUCAACAGUUUUUCUGUACUUAUUAAGCGAUUUUCUUCUUCACCUAAAGUCAGUAUGAGCUUGAAAGCUGGUAUUGUUGGACUUCCUAAUGUCGGAAAAUCCACUCUUUUUAACGCUGUUGUUGAGAAUGGGAAAGCCCAAGCUGCCAAUUUUCCUUUCUGUACAAUAGAGCCGAAUGUUGGGAUUGUUGCAGUCCCAGAUCCACGUCUCAAUGUGCUUUCAGAACUUAACAAGUCUCAGCGUGCAGUCCCAACAUCAAUAGAAUUUGUAGAUAUUGCUGGGCUUGUCAAAGGAGCCAGUCAAGGGGAGGGUUUAGGAAAUAAAUUCUUGUCACAUAUUCGUCAGGUGGAUGCCAUACUUCAGUCAGCGAGAUAUGAAAAGGUUGUUCGCUGUUUUGAAGAUAAUGAUGUAAUUCAUGUGAAUGGAAAAGUCGACCCCAAGUCCGACAUUGAUGUAAUCAACCUUGAGCUGGCUUUCUCAGAUCUCGACCAGAUUGACAAGAGAAUCGAUAAACUGAAGAAAGGAAAAGUGAAGGAUUCACAAUCAAAAGUGAAGGAAGAAGCAGAAAAGUCUGCUUUGGAAAGAAUUCAACAAGAACUCUUGGAUGGAAAACCAGCACGAUCAGUAACACUGACAGAUUAUGAGAGAGAAUCUAUAGAUCAUCUUUGUUUACUCACAAUGAAACCUGUUAUAUACGUUGCAAAUGUAACAGAAUCGGAUCUUGCGGACCCUGAAAGUAAUCCUUAUGUCAAAGAUGUGAUGAACCUUGCGUCUCAGUUGCAGUCUGGAAUAGUAUCAGUAUCAGCACAGGUCGAGUCCGAGCUUACUGAACUUCCAUCUGAAGAAAGAACUGAAUUUUUGAAUUCUCUUGGUGUCAGCGAAAGUGGCCUUGGAAAUCUUAUCAGAGCAACAUAUAGUCUUUUGGGAUUGCGUACUUACUUUACAUCUGGGGAGAAGGAAACAAAAGCAUGGACCAUACUUGCAGGAAUGACUGCACCACAAGCUGCGGGAGUUAUACAUUCGGACUUCGAGAAAGGCUUCAUCAGAGCUGAGACAGUAGCCUAUCAUGAUUUUGUUGCAGCUGGAUCACUUGCUGCUGCAAGGGAGAAAGGAUUGUUGAGAUCUGAAGGUAAAGAGUAUGUAGUUCAAGAAGGGGAUGUCAUGCUCUUCCGCUUUAACGUCUAACUCAAGGUCCGUUUGAACAAAGAUGAGUAAUUCUAUUCACUUCCUGCUUUGCUGGGUGGUCAUGUGCACAUGGUUCAGGUAAUAUCUUAUACAUAUUCAAGGCUACAGAAAAUUUUGAUGAAUAUAAUGCAACCUGAAGAAGGGAAUUGGUUAACUGAAAUUUGGAAUUACAUAUUCUUUUGAUUUGUAGUGAAAGGAAACUUUACACAUUGCCAGGAAAAGAUAAGGAAAUAUAAUUAAAUUGAAUGUUAUGCUUCUUAUGCUUUAGUGAACAAAAUAGAGUGGGAAAGAGAAAGGUUUCAGUUCCUAUUGAAAUUGUAGUUAAGCUCAAUCUGAGUUAUGCAAAGCUCGAGUGGGUUCUCUCGACUCACGAGAUAUUAUAUCAAAAGUUCAACCAUGUAAGUUUGUAUGUCCAGCGACUGUAUGGGUUUUGGAUUAGACUUCGUGUCUAGUGAUGUUAGGAUCAUAGAAGUAGAACUCAAGACACAAAUAAGAGAUUGGCGCAUUUGGUUUUAUCUACAUAUGAACUGUUGAGUUUGACAGUUUUUAUGAGAAAUUUAAACAAAGUUCAUCAACA